GUUGGACUCCUCAGAGUAAAGGGCUUCGCUUUCCGGAACCAGGUUCCUUGUGGAAGAUCGCUGUUCUCGGUGCAAACGCGGUAGUUCCUAAAGUGAGAUCCGUUGGAUUCCCCUCCGUCCUGUCCACCCCGGAACGACAAGUCGGAGCACCACAUUUCCUGAUUGACCUUGUUGGCAAUCACUUCCGCCCAGGGGUUUGGAAUACCGGAGGCCCUUUGGCUGAGAACAACAGGAAAGGCACUUCCGGUGUAUGUUGCCUAGGCGCCGGCCUGGUGGGCCUGCGGGGACGGCGUCACUGGGUAGUCCUCUUCCCCCCCUCCUUUGGGGGUCGAGAUGUCGGGGCUCAGCUUUCCAGAGAUGGAGGGCUGUCGUAACCUCCUCGGCUUACUAGACAACGAUGAUAUCAUGGCCCUGUGCGACACCAUCACCAACCGCCUGGUGCGGCCUGAGGACCGCCAAGAUGCCAUUCGUGCAAUAUUAUUGUACAGUCAAAGUGCAGAAGAACUUUUGAAGCGUAAGAAAGUCCACCGAGAAGUCAUAUUCAAGUACUUGGCAACACAGGGGGUUAUUAUACCUCCAGCUACUGAAAAGCACAAUCUUAUUCAGCAUGCAAAGGAUUACUGGAAAAAGCAGUUACAUCUGAAAUUGAAGGAAACACCAGAGCCAGUUAAGACAGAGGACAUGAGACUAUUUCAACAGGAAAAAGAAGAUAAAACUGAAAAAGUUGAUUUUCGUCGAUUAGGAGAAGAAUUUUGUCACUGGUUCUUUGAACUUCUUAAUUCUCAGAAUCCUUUUCUGGGACCACCUCAAGAUGAAUGGGGGCCACAGCACUUCUGGCACGAUGUCAAGCUUAGGUUUUAUUACAACACCUCUGAACAAAAUGUGAUAGACUAUUAUGGAGCAGAAAUUGUGAGCCUUCGUCUGCUGUCACUAGUGAAAGAAGAGUAUCUUUUUCUCAGUCCCAACCUAGAUUCCCGUGGACUGAAAUGUGCUUCUUCUCCGCAUGGUCUGGUUAUGGUUGGAGUUGCUGGGACUGUCCACCGAGGGAAUACUUGUUUGGGCAUUUUUGAACAAAUUUUUGGACUCAUACGCUGCCCUUUUGUAGAAAAUACGUGGAAAAUCAAAUUUAUCAACCUGAGAAUUAUUGGAGAGGGUUCUCUUGCUCCUGGAACAUUAAUGAAACCAGCUAUUACAUUUGAACCUUGUGAUCUAGAGGCCUUUUAUAACACUGUUACUUUAUGCAGUACCAACUAAGUACAACUUAAUGUAAGGCAGGCAUUGGAUAGUGGAACUGGAGACCAAGCUUUAUGCAGUGGAGAUGAGGCAUUGUUGAACAAAAGAGAACUGAGUUCACCCAGCCCUCUAAAGCACUGAACAUGUUUGUCAGUCUAAAAAACCUUCUAUACAGGAACUCUUCCAGAUAUCACAUCAGUAAUGUCUAAGUGAUUUCAGAUGUGAGGAUUGACAUAUUUUAGUUGAAGUGUCUUUCUUGACAAUAGACUAACGUAUUAUGUGAAUACUUGCCUCUUUCUACAUGACUUGCAGCAAAUGUUCUGAGAGCUAAUGCAGUUCAUCAAAUAAAUCCCACUUUAGAUGGUAUAACUAACGGUGUGCCUUAGAAACCAGGUAAUAUUUUCAUUUUACUUAGUGAAUAUUCUGCUCAUAUCUGUACUUUUCAUGUCGGAAAGGUUUAAUGUAAACUCAGAGUUACCAUUUUAGAAAACUUGAGUGACAUUCUCACGCAAAAAGUCAAAUAACGUAAAUUUACUUUGCCUUUUUAAAAUGAGGAACAUCUUUCAGUUGUCUAUAGUAGUCCAAGCUAAAUAUCUUAAAAUCUGCAACAUUUUCUGAACUCUUGGGCAAUGAUAAAUGCUGUUCUCACAACAGACCUUAUUCUUAUCUAAGGCUUCAGCUAACAGUUAUAUAGAACAUUUAUUGUAAUGCCAUCUAAAGGAAACAUACUGUUGAAAUUUUUUAAAAGGUGUGCCCAGUUCUAACUUAAAUGAAUUACUGUUUUCCUCUUGAUUGAUCUUGGAAGAGGUGACCAAAAAAAACAAAACAAAACCCAAAAACACACACAAAUUUAUAAUGUGGUCAUAUCUAUAUACAUAUAUAGAUAUACUCCCACAUCAUAAAUUAAAAUUAUUAGGAUUUUUUUACCUCUAAAUUACUCUACUAGGUUUGAAUUACAAAGUUAAGUUGCCAGAUUAAUUACAUAGCUGCUUUGGGGUUUAAAGUCUUCAUCACUUCACAACUACUUGCUGAUCUUUGAUUUCGUUAGUAAUUUUAAUUUACAAAAGUGCCAUGUGGAAAAAAUUCAGCUGGGAGUUGUGAUGAUGUGUUGUACAUGUUAAUUUUUUACCUUUAACUCUUCUCGUGAUCAUCUAGGGUAACAAGAAUUUUGGAAGCAAGAGGAAAAAACUCAUCUUUUUUGUAUUUUAAUGCCAGCCUUUUAGGAGGAGUACAAAUUGAUACAUCUUAAAAUAAAAACUUAAUAAAGGAGGGAAAUUCCUACUGUCUGCUAUAAGAAUAGUAUAUUGUUUAGAUUUAAAGCAAGUUAUCAUUUUCUCCUUUAAGUAUAGAGUAUCAUUAUAACAUGUACUCAAUAAAUAUCCUGAGUAAAGAAUAAAAUUAAAAACUAUUCCCAUCUGUUUCUUUUGUGGUAUUGAUGACGAGUACUGCAGAAAUAUUACUACAGAUGCUCAGGGUGGGCAGAAAUUGCCUCUGGCUACCUUCAGUAUUGGCUUUUUGAAUUUGUGUAAUGCUCAAGUAAGGCUGCAAUGUUUGCAUGUUCUUUUAAUCAGCGUUAGAAGUUUGAAAUCUUCCUGAUAGACUCUCUCAAGAAUUGGAACUAUGUUUUAUUUACUGUGAAUCCCUACAGCUGGGCCACAUAGUAGGACCUAAUGUUUAACUAAAUGGGUUAAGGUAUGAGUAAAAGAAGUUUACAUACUGUAUAAAAGACUUUUCUGCAUC